UGAACGUUAUUCUCUCACCUGGAAUCAUUUGCUAUUCAACCGAGUUAACUGAAAGAAAUAGCAUACAUUUUCCUCAUCUCAGAAUAGCGUGUACUAAAUAAUGAAACGCUUGGUAAUAAUUUUGUUGGUGACCGGAUGGAGAGCAAGUACUAGUUGUGGGAAUCGAAUAGACGAGAAUAGUGAUGAAACAUUACCCAGAAUAGUUGGUGGAGAAGAAGCAAAAGAAGGGGCAGCUCCAUUCCAAGUUUCGUUGCAAACUUCCUUUGGUCAUAACUGUGGAGGAGCUAUAAUAGAAGAUCGAUGGAUUCUUACGGCUGCACAUUGCAUAGUCAAUCGCAAGCCAUCUGAUUUGAAGGUACUGGUUGGAACGAACAACCUUAACGAAGGAGGUGAAACUUUUGAUGUAGACUUUCUCGUUCAUCACAGUCGGUACAACAAACCAUCGUAUCACAACGACAUCGGUCUCUUGCGACUGACAUCGCAGUUGAAUUUCAGCGAUCGCAUUAAACCCAUAGAGUAUUCGGAAAAGUAUGUUCCGGACAACGCUACCAUCACGUUGACGGGCUGGGGCCGACUUUCGGCUGGUGGGAAUGCUCCGUCUAAGCUACAGACAAUAGAGUUGCUUAAUGUGGAACACGAUCGCUGUAAGGCUCUACAUGGUGACGACCCCAAUGUAGAUAUCGGACAUCUCUGCACGUUCACCAAAAAGGGUGAGGGUGCAUGCAAUGGUGACUCUGGUGGUCCACUGACAUGGGAAGGAAGAUUGGUGGGACUCGUCAAUUGGGGAAUUCCCUGCGGACGCGGAUAUCCUGACGCGCAUGCCAGAGUCUCUUACUAUCACGAUUGGAUCCGAACGAAUGUAGCUAAUAACAGCGAGUAAGAGUACGGAGAUUCUUUCUAACGUUGUCAAUUUGAAUAAAAUAAUAGUUUAUUUUUCUAAA